AUGGCCAGCACCACUGUAAAGUUUUCGGCUUCUUUAAGUAAAACCGAUCCGAUUAGUGUACCAGUACUGAUCGUAGGUCAAGAAAAACACUUGUCUAGUUUAUCUUACUCUGCAGUCAAGUGUAAGUUAGAACCGCGGGUUAACGAACAGACUUUCAAAUCUGCUUUGUCUGUAUUGAAUCCUUGUCCGACAGACACUUGUCCACUUUUUCUCAACACUGCCACUUUAGCGGCCAUUUCCAACACUCAUAGUCGUCAUAAUUCAUCGGCACAACCCCAUAUGCUUACAAAGCUGAUCAAUUUGAAUUCAGCUGGAUACAAUGAAUGCAUUGUGAUUGUUUGCGAGCGAAAAGAUAUGUUUGCCUCAGGUUGUGCUGCAGCUCGGGCAUUCUACGACUAUUGUCGCAAGACUAAAAUAUAUGUUGGUAAACUAAAAGAACAGAAGAAAGCUACUGUAACGGUUACAGUAGAGUUUAUAAUAAUUCCUGACAGCAAUGGUGAUCAUAAGGUGGAGAAAGAAGAAAUAGCAACUUUGGAAAGAAUAGCUAAUGCCAUUAAAAUGACAGCACGUAUUGUUGAUACUCCAUGUAAUGACAUGAAUGUCAAUCAUUUCUUAGAUGAGAUAAGACAUGUAGGGUCUGACUUGAAUAUUAAUCCUACAAUAAUAAGCGGUGAAGAGUUGAAGAAAAAAGGUCUUGGAGGAAUUUAUGGUGUCGGUAGAGCAUCUUCUAUAGGUCCAGCUCUCGCUGUAUUAUCUUACACCCCACCAGGAGCCACAGAAACAAUUGCUUGGGUUGGCAAAGGUAUUGUCUAUGAUACUGGUGGUCUUAGCAUCAAAGGAAAGUCAGCUAUGCCAGGCAUGAAACGAGAUUGUGCUGGAGCAGCCGCUAUUUUAGGAGCGUUCCAAGCUAUAGUGAAGUCUAGUUUUAAGCAAAACCUACACGCUGUUUUUUGUUUGGCUGAGAAUUCUAUUGGACCAGAUUCAACACGUCCAGAUGAUAUACAUACCCUUUAUUCGGGAAGAACUGUCGAAAUCAAUAAUACUGAUGCUGAAGGACGUCUAGUUUUAUCAGAUGGAGUAGUGUAUGCAUCUCGAGAUCUUAAUGCUAAAGUGAUAUUAGACAUGGCUACAUUAACUGGUGCACAGGCAAUUAGCACGGGAAAGUAUCAUGCUGCAGUAAUGUCAAACUCAGAACAAUGGGAAAAAAAUGUAGUGUCCGCUGGUCUAAUGUCGGGAGAUUUAACAUUUCCAAUUGUCUACUGUCCAGAACUUCAUUUCUGUGAAUUUUCAUCAUCUGUGGCUGACAUGAAAAACUCUGUUGCUGAUCGAUCCAACGCUACUUCGUCAUGUGCGGGACUGUUUAUAGCUGCUCAUCUUGGCUUUGAUACGACUAAUCAAUGGAUUCAUGUGGACAUUGCAGGGCCUUCUCAUUACGGUGAACGAGCAACUGGUUACGGAGUUGCUCUUUUGACGGCACUUUUUGCUAAGUAUACAAACGAUCUUCUAUUGAAAAAUGUUUCCAAACAUAUUGAAUAG